CCGCUAACGGUUUACUUUUCUUUAGUCAUUUUUUUUUCCCAACUCCGCGUGUGGGUGCGUGUCUACGUCUCUGUGUGUGUGUGUGUGUUGUGCGUCUAUUUGGUGGAUUGAUCAUUGAAAAUAUCCCUUGUUGAUCCUUUGAACCUAACACAAUAAGGCCAAAAUAUGUCAAAUAAAGUGCAACAAAGCAACACCUCCAAUUCGGCAAGCAGUAGCCCCGAUGUCUACAAUAUUGUUUUACUUGUGGUCGACAUUGUCAUCAUGUUGGCCAAAUUCUGGCUAAUUGUUAUCGAAUCAAUUGUUCGUGCCUUCUUGCCAAAGAAAUUGAGCAAUGUGAGCGGACAAACUAUACUGAUCACCGGCACUGGCCAUGGCAUGGGCAAGGAAAUGGCCUUGCAAUAUGCCAAAUUGGGUGCCAAAAUCAUUUGCUGGGACAUCAAUGAGCAGACAAAUGCCCAAACAGUCAAGGAGAUCAAACAACAGGGUGGCACUGCCUAUGGCUAUAAGUGUAAUGUUACCAAUCGGGAGGAGAUUAUUGAGCUGGCCGCCAAAGUACGCAAGGAGCACGGUUUCGUUAGCAUUGUGAUCAACAAUGCCGGCAUUAUGCCCUGCCAUCCAUUAUUGGAGCACACCGAACAGGAGACUCGUCUCAUGUAUGAGAUCAAUGUGCUUUCACAUUUCUGGAUCAAUCAGGCCUUCCUACCCGAAAUGAUUGAACGCAAUGAGGGCAGCAUUGUGGCUCUCUCCUCCUGUGCUGGACUCUUUGGCCUGGCCAAUCUGGUGCCCUAUUGUGGUACCAAAUUCGCUGUUCGUGGAUAUAUGCUGGCCCUGGCCGAGGAAUUGCGUCAUGCCAAUCCCAACUCAAAUAUUAAAUUCACCACUAUCUAUCCGUAUAUGAUCGAUACGGGCCUGUGCAAGAAUCCACGUUAUCGUUUCCCCAAUCUCUUCAAAUUGAUUGGUCCCCAGGAGGCGGCUGCCUCAAUCAUUGAGGCCCAACGUGAGGGAUUGUCCGAGGCGUCGAUUCCACGUCGCUUCCUCAAUAUCGAGAAGGUGGGUCGUUUCGUCCCAAGGAGAGCCAUGGCUGUGGUCAAUGAUUUCCUUGACACUGGUGUCGAUACAGAUAAAAAGUAAACAUCAUCACGCCAAUAAAAAUGAUAUAACGAAAAGUAGGAAAAGCCAAAGAGGAGAAAAGUCGAAGUAAUAAGAAAGAAUUUAAUUUGUAAUAAAAAAAAGUCACUUGAAAAGUUUUUUUCCCCCCCUCGUUUCGUGUUAAUUAUCUUGUAUAUAUAUACUUAGCAUUUAAUAUCUACUACUUAUUACUUGAAAAGUAAAUUUUGAUUAGAGUUUUUUUUUUCUGUUUUCUUUUAAUUCGUUUGUUUUUUUUUAUUUCUGUUUAAUGUAUGAGAAAAAGGUUGUUACUUAAAAUAAAAUAAAAUGCGAUUGCUAUAUGGGGCUAAUUGUGGGUCAUAAUCUACAAAGUCCAAAGUGUUAAUUGGCCUGGGAAUUUAAA